AUUGCAAAAUAACCGUACUGUCUGAUGACGUUAAUUUUCGGUUAUCUUGCAACAAAUUCCUCGAAUAUAACGGUCGAACACGAUGGAGACGUGUGGGGUGUGGUAGUUAAAGCAGCGAAGUUCCAGUUUUUAUUUGGUACCAUGCGAACCCGACGACGGAUUACUUUUUCGAUACACUAGCCAACACUGUAAUGUAGCUGACAAGUGAAGUGUCACUUAUUUAGUAACUUUUUCUUUUUAGUGACUUUUGAUCUUUGCUGUUUUUGUUACACGUGUGGUGGUACAAAAGUGAGGUUAUACAUUUUUAGUCAAACAACAUGGACGUGAUAGGGGAAAUUUUACAAAGAACGGCUGAAGAUGCUGAAAAAUACAAACCUAUCACCGUUGAAAAGCAUUUGGAUUUAGAAUACGACCUAGGAACUCUAUUAGCUGUAGAUAAUAACGAUUUCGAUCUAGCAAAGCUAAGGCGGAAUCAAAACGAUUAUUUUUUGAACUUGACUAGAGAGAACACUCAGCUACUUAUAAACAAAAUAUGGGAGCUACCAACAGAAAGAGUAGAGGAGGCCAUAGUGACAAAGCUACCUCCUCAAAAGACUGUACUUCCAAGGAUGAAACCUGUUCCCAAACCAAAGCCUCUUACGAAAUGGCAACAAUUUGCUAAGGAUAAAGGUAUCCAAAAGAAGAAGAAAACCAAGUUAUCAUGGGAUGAGCAAUUACAAAAAUGGGUGCCUUUAUAUGGCUUCAAAAGAGCUAAAACUGAAAAAGAAAAGAACUGGUUACUUGAAGUGCCAGGUAACUCCGACCCUAUGGAGGAUCAGUUUGCUAAGAAGGUUGAAGCCAAGAGUGAGAGAGUAGCUAAGAAUGAGCUACAAAGGCUAAGGAAUAUUGCUAAGGCAAGGAAGAUUUCUGUACCUAGAGUAGGAGUAAUAAAUCCUGAUGCUUCAUCUGCAAAAGAAUUGCAAGCAGCAGUAACUGUGGCAAAAGCCUCAACAGCAAGUUUAGGCAAGUUCCAGGAGAAGCUGCCAAAAGAAAAAGAGGCUAGAGGCAUAUCUGAAUUAGUGCCAGGUGGAACACGUAAGAGAAAGUUGCCUCCAGUACCAGCUACUGUUGAGAAAAAGGAGAAUUUAGCUAUUGUUGAUUCUAUAUUGAACAAGAGACCUAAAUUGGACAUUGAAAGUGCUAUUGCAAAGCAGAUUAGCAAUAGUCAUGUUAGCAGCAACCAUAAUGAGAAUUCAGGUUCAAAGAGCUAUGGAAAAGGACAAAAGGCUAACAAGAGUAAGGGUGCCAAAAAGCCCAAAGGGGCAAAAGGUCAGAGAAAGGGCAAAGGAGGAGGCAGGAAGAGGCGUUAACAUUUGAAAAUUGUUCUUUUUGACCCUUGUAUUUUUAUGUAAAUAUUUUUUAGGUGAUAAGUGUCAUGAUACAUACCCCAUUAUCAUACUGCGGACUUUGUUCAUCUGUUUCUGCCUGUUUAUUCAACAUAUUGAGCAUGUACUUGAAGAACGCGUUCCUGUUUUUCUUAACAACUACAUCGUCGGAUUUCAAGUUGCAAAGUUUCAGGAUCCAUUUUUUGCAGAUUUGUUUAUCUAGAAAUAUUUGCCAUGGUUUUCUUAUCUUUCCAAAAUAGGAAUAUAUUUUCAAAUUUUUAUAUAAAUAAUUUGCAUUUACUAUACCAGUUGUACAUUUAAAAAGCAUGUGUCAAAGGGAAUUUGGAGUUGACAGCGUUGGCUGAAUUUCGCUUUCUAAUUUCUUUCAUUAGCAGGUUUAUCAAACCAACAUUGAUAUCGAAAAUAGAGCAACAGCAUAGUUUGCGUAGAGUAUCACGGUUUUUUUAGUCCCGGAUUUUGUUUAUUUCUUUAUCAUUUAAUUCAAUAUUGAAAAAUUGUUUGUAUUUCGGAUCUAAUAUGGAGACAUGAUGUUUUAUCACAGACUUGAUGAACAAUUACAAAAAUUAUAAUAAAUGAUUCCAAGGACUGCAUGAUUUUCUGUAACAAGUUAAUACAGUUAAACCAUAUAUUGUUUUGUAUCAUUUUCUUGUAAGGGCUCGUGGUGGUAAACUGGAUUUACCACAACACGAGUUCCUUUUACAUCUUGUGAUAAGUUUUCAAUAAAUGUAAGUAAUGUGUAAGUAUAAUAUUUACGCAGUAAUGCCAAUCAACGCUACUCUUUCAUUUCUAGAAAAUGUUAGGAUAUAAGCAUUGAUAUUUUAGAAGCUUAACUCGGAGGAUGAUCAGUAGAUACUAUUUUUAGUAAUAGUUUCUUAGUUGAUCUGGAUAGGUUAUGGAUACUUUAGUUGGAAUAUUUUGUAGAAAUAAAAAUAUAUUUGUUUUACAUUA